UCAUUCGUCCAAGCCAGCCGGUGUGAUCGUGGCGCUGGCGGAGUGGAGGAACGGAAUAGGAAAUGUAAAUGAUCAUUUUAAACGCAGAAUCUUCUCCGGAUAAUUGUACCAAAUGCUCAAAGACGGAUGUAUCUUGUUGUGAAAAGGUUGGACGUUAGCCAGAUAUCAGUUUUAUAACUAACCAUCUCGUCCUGUUGCUUUUAUUGUAAGAGUGCCUCUCUGGCGCCUCCCUCUGGCCAUGCUGUGUGUGUGCGCUGUGCUGCUGGUUUUGGCUGCUCCGGCCCUGUCCUCCUCUGCGGACCCGGAGACGCACAGCCCCAGACAUGACUCUAACCUGGAGAUCUACAAGCGUCUGUUGGAGACGAAGCGGAAGGAUCAGCUGAAUGCCCUGAAAAACCUGGUGGAACUCAAUGACAUUAACCAGCAGCACAAGAUCAUUGACAUCAUGCUGAAAGGACUUUUUAAGGUGCUGGAGGACUCCAGAGCCGUUCUCACUGCCGCCAACCUGCAGCCUGACGACCCCUUCCCCCGGGACGACAAGAUCAAAGAAGCGUACUCCCACGUGAUCGAGAACACGGCGUUCUUCGGGGACGUGGCCCUGCGCUUCCCCCGCAUCGUGCAUCACUACUACGACCGCAACGCAGACUGGGGGGCCCUGCUGCGCUGGGGGCUGCGCUUCUGCAACCUGACGGGCGUCUUCGCUGGAGGGGCCCACCAGCACGUCCUCACACUGAUGUCCCAGGAGUUGGGAAUAACGGAGAAGUCCCCGGACUUCAUCAACCCGUACCGCACCGAGAGAGACGACUAUUUGAAACCCUGAAAGAAAUAGUGUUCUUAUACCGCCCUCUACUGGAAGAUUGGUUAUUGACCAUGAGGAGGUGACUGACAACAUAUUUAUGUUCUCACCAGUCAAGCUUGAAGUUAAGCUACAGUUCUUUGUGUUUUGAAAUGCUUCGAACGGACAUGCAGCAAAAUAUUUUUAUACAUUUAAAAAUAAAAAGUAUGCAUUCAUAUCUUGCAGCUUAAUUAAUGUUUCAAAUGCAAGUUAUUGAAUGGAAAUGUUAUUUAAUGAAAUGUGGGGGGUUGUUUGCUCUGCUGUGAGCUAAACUGGUGGGAAAUCGGAGCGACGAUUGGCUGUUUCGCUUCAGAGAC